CUCAAACAAGUAACAGAAUCUUUUCGUCGAAGUUAGAGAAGGAAACAGUUACGUACAGUUACAGAAUCCUCCAAGAGCAUCAUCCAUGGCGAGCCAAGACUCCACAAACUCUGCAGACUUGAUCGUCGGAUCUUUGGUGAGCUUCACGUCGGCCGGAGUGUUCUACGAGGGAACCGUCUACUCUUUCGACGCAGAGUAUGCAAGUUUCGGGAUCGACGAUGUCUCGUGUACAAAGCUUCUUGCGGGUGCACUAUCGUCUACGAGGCUUCUUACGGGUGAUACUCGACUCGAAGGGCUUUACCAGUUUUUCCUAAAAGACAUUCAGGACUUGAGGGUGAUCCGUGUGCCAUCGCCAAAACCUACCACCAACACUACUGAGAGAUCAUAA